AUGAAAUUGAAUUCAAGUUCAUUGAAAAGCUCUUCAAAAUUUUAUGUCUUUCAAGUUAAUGGGAAACUAUCCAAGAGGUUCAUGCUUAAAGCAGGAAUAUUCUUCUUAUUCUGGGCGAUAGUUUUCAUAAAGAACAUCUUUAGUGACUUUGCAGAAGACACGAAGAAACAAUUUUCAGCCAUUCUAGGAUUUUGUUUGAAUUGUCAAACCUUUCUGAAACUCAUGGCAUUAUGCAACAAACUUCAUUGCAUUUCAGCAAUGCGAGUUCAUAUUGUGGAAGAUAUCAAACAUUCGAAGCCAAGUGAAGUGGAAGUGGAACUCAAGUAUCGAAGAUUGAUAAGAAGAUUCAUUUUUUCAAUCGGUUUUGCUUAUCUCAUUACAACUGUCUUGAUGUCGUUUUGGAGUUUGAUCUGCAUCCAGAAGAUGGUGAUGCCAUUUCAAGUUCAAGUUCCUUUGACAAAGCCAGACUCGCAUCCUUUCCACGAAGUUAAUCUUGCAAUGAUAUUUUUAUUCCUCAUCGUAAUAAUUCCGUUGACUGUUGGACUCGAUUCAAUGUACGUUUUGGUGACAUUACAUUGUGUUUCAAAAUUGUCACUUUGUUGUCACCUUGCAUCGAAAAUCGAUAAGAAAACAGAUGAAAAAUUUAUUCUCGAACUGGUCAAGAAGCAUUUACGUGCUCAAGAAAUCAUUCAUGAAUCAGGAUGUGUAUUCAACAUUUUUGGAUUCAUUCAACUUGCUUCAGCAUUUGGAUUUAUCUUUGAAGAAUUUCAACAAUCAAUUUACUGCUCAAAUUGGUACGAAAUCAAAAACAUUUCGAUUAGGAAAAAUAUUUUGUUCAUGUUGAAGAUGACUCAACAAGGGAAAGGAUAUUUUGCUUUAGGAAUUAAAAGCAAGCCAUUAAACUUGAGGACAUAUGGCGAAGUCAUUAAGCAAUCUUAUGCUUUUAUGAACUUUUUAUUGAAAAUUAUGUAA